AUGGCGUGGACGUGUAGUGGAGAUAGUAACUCGGCACUGAUUGAGAACAUGUGGAAGAAUGGACUCAUUACUGAUGCUCGAGUGAAGGAAGCAUUUCUUAAGGUUGACCGAGCGCACUACGCUCCAGAGAUGCCAUACGAGGACUCCCCCCAGCCCAUCGGCCACUCAGCGACGAUAUCAGCACCGCAUAUGCACGCUUCAGCCAUCGAGCAUGUCCUCAGCUAUCUCCUCCCAUCAUCAGCCUCACCCUCUCCACGCAUCCUCGACAUCGGUUCUGGGUCUGGCUAUCUGACCCAUGUUAUGGCUGAGUUAGUUGGCGAGAAGGGUCUCGUUGUGGGCCUUGAACAUAUCAGACAGUUAAAAGAGCUAGGCGAGGGUAACAUGGCGAAAAGUGAACACGGGAGAAGAUUUCUCGAGAGUGGGAAAGUGAGGUUCAGAUUGGGCGAUGGAAGGAAAGGAUGGGCCGAGGAGCCGAGAGAGGGCGAGCAGGGCGAGGGGACGGGGUGGGAUGUUAUUCAUGUCGGUGCAUCGGCCGUGGAGAUUCACCCAGAGUUACUUGAGCAGUUGAAGGCUCCUGGAUGCAUGUUCAUACCCGUUGACGAUGACAAGAUGGGAUAUAACCAGCACGUAUGGCGUAUUGAGAAGGAUGGUAACGGGGAGAUCACCAAGAAGAAGUUGUUUGGUGUUCGAUAUGUCCCGCUGACUGAAGCACCGAAGCAGUGA